GGCAUGGCACCUCUUAGUCAACACAGAGAGAAAGGGAGACCUCAGCCAUCAAACUGUUCCUGCUAUCUCCAGAAUCUCAUGUUAUGGCAACUCUGCCUAGGGCUAGGUAGAUGUUUUCAUUUAUUUAUAGAGGGGCAGAGAUAUGCGUUACUGGUCUAACAUUUAAUUGAAACGGUUACAUUUAAUGUCACAACAAUUUUGGCAUGGAGAAAAUGGAGUGGAUCAAAGCAUGUGAGAAUCUGUAUGCUAAUUGUGUGACAAAUCUGACUAGUGGUUUCUAACUUUCUUUCUGUUUCUGAAUUUGUUUAGUUAUGGUAUUCACUGCAUGUCGUGUUUUUCUUCCAGUAAGCAUUAGGCUUUCUGUCUUACUCAGCCUGUAAUGUAAGAUGACUUUCUCACCCCCCUCGCUUGUCGUCUCUCACUAAUGUAUUUAUUCUGUUACAUUUUGACUAGUGAUUGGUUUGGGAUUAACAGGGCGAGUUUGGGCGCGCAGUCUUGGUUAAUAAUUAGACUGGAACAGACACACACACAUCCUGUCAGAUGGAGGUCUCUCCAUCUGACAGGAUGGGAGACAGUGAGAGAAUGAUUGAGAGUCAGGAGAGCUUUUGUAUUCUCUUCCAACAAGGGGAAUCAGGUGCUACCCGCAGCCUGGCAACCAUCACCUCUCUGUGGGCGUAACAACAACCCGCUGCCCCUAGAGUAACAGGGCCCUGUGGAGCUGCUGAGAGAUGCAGUGUCUCUACACUGACCACUGAUGUGAAACAGAGGCGUUUCUCUGUUUCAUAAAAACAGCCCAGCAGCAAACUGCGCACACACACAAAGCCCCGCACAGCAGCUUUCAUCACCUAAUACAGAGCUUCCCUGUCGAUAUGAGCACACAGGGUAUUGAGACAGAUGUUCUGGGGCCCAGUCACAGCCUGUCUGAACCAAACACUGGGGCUGGAACUGAACAGGACUACUGCCUCUACCUGCACAGGCUCUUCGGGAAGGAGACAGCUGAGUACUUCCUCAACCCAUCUCCUGUCCACACUUCCUCACCCACCUGGUACACACAACUGAUGAAGAACAUGGGAGAUGAGGUGAGUGCUGAGGCCCUGUGGGACACCUUGAGAGAACACUCCACCAGACGACUCAGAGACCUAGAGGAGGAGGAGGAAUCUGAGUCUCUUGAGUUGGUGAAAGUCUCUGUGGACCAGGAUGGACAGAGAGAGCGGGGUCACCUACGGCACCUGGCAGGGGUCAGGUAUAUGUUCAACCUGGCCCAGCUCCACCAGGCUUACUCUGCCCAUGUUCUCUACCUCAACAAUCCAGCUCUGCUCCUAGAUGACCUGGAGGAGCUUGAGGGACCACAUAGUUACCUACGUAUCUCACAAAUAAACAGGUGAAGGGAAACCUAGCAUUAUUAAAUAAGCAUUAGCUAUUACUAUUGGUAAUAUAACUACUGUUAUUGUGUUAUUAAAUGUGCUUAUGCUGUGUUAUUCGUAUUGUAACAAAAAUCCCUUUGUGUCAGUGAAAUUUGAAUUUGUGUGUAAUACGGGGACAAAUCUUCCACAAGAGGGCAGUCCCAGAUUAAGAGGAUGAAUGUUUAGUUGAAUUUAUGCUGUUACUUUUCACUUUAAUAUGACAAGCUGUACUUUCAGAAUUGUAUUUCUAUCAUUUCCACUAAUAGUUUUCAACAAAUAGUCAUUAUUGUAUUUGUGAAACUGUGUAUUAUUCUGUGAGUUUGUAAUUAAAAGUGACACGUGGCAAGUCUAA